CUUGAACCUGUCCCCACCAAGGGCCACUAUUCAUGUGACUCAAAGGGUUGGAUUAAGAAGAACAAGAGCAGCCUUGAUGAAAUCCAGCUUUAAAAUAUGACUACUUUUAAAAGCACCUUGUUGGAAAUUCUUGUUCUAGCUCUCCAGACAGCAAGGCCCAUUCUUUUUAUUUCUUUAAGUUUGCUUCUUCAGACAAUGUAUAGUAUUCAAUAAGUUAGGCAUCAGGAUCAUCGACAUGGAAAAACAUAAAUAGAAAAGUGUACCAAUAGGAUUAUCAUAUAACUUUGUCUUUACAUUUUCUAUUGGGUAUAAAGCUAACUGGAGGUGAGCAUCAUGCUUGUGUGACGCUUAGAGAGAAGUUUGGUGUUCUUUGCUUUGAAGAUAGCUGUUAAUAAGAAACUGGAAAACCAGCCUACUUGGUGAUCCAAAUCAUUUUAUAUCACAAAGAAGAAGCAGUAAGGUAAGUUUGUUGUCUCAUUCGUGUCAAUCCAUGACAAGAACUCAAGAUGCAUAAGGGUCUAUUUAGGUGGAGUAUAUUAUCAUCAUCAAUCAGCAGUGUUAUUAUAUUAUCAUGCCAUUCCCAUCUCACUAGCAUUGUAAUUGCUUGUUGUACUGCAUUUCUGGAACUACCGACCCUCUUUCUCUAUCUUGAGUUUUCUGUUCUGCGGCUUUGUCAUCAUUUAAGCAGAAAUGUACUUGCACAGGUUGGAUUGGAGCAUGUACUUUUAGACAAUCAAUUAUUUCUCUGAAUUUCUCAUAUUUUCCACCAAGAAUGGUUACUUCACUUGGAUUGUUUGAGUGUGGAUGACUUCUUAUACAUGUCAUUUUACAUGAUCUGUGAAGAUAGCAUAAGUGGCUUUGAUUUCUCCAUUUUUUUUUUUUUUGAGUCUAUUUGCCUUGUAGUUGCAGAUGGCUAAUGAUGCAUUAACUGUUGCUGUGAUUAAAUGCUGCUUGAUCCUAGCUUGAGUUUUCAUAAUUAUUCUCACUAGGGGAUCUCCUGAUAUUGUAGUUUAAACCAAAUUUUUGGGAAUGGAAAUGAAAACAUGUUAUAUAAGGCUUCGAUCAUGUUGUAUUUUUUCUGCUUGGACGGAAUGAUUUUCAUGAAACCAACUAAUUUUCAGUACUUCAGAGUUGAGCUUUCAUGAUAAAGCCUAGAAAAAUAUAAGAUUUCUGGAAAGUAGAAAUCCUUGAAAAUGUUCUAUCAUGAUGCUACUUUUUACCUCGAUGUGGUUUUUUGGCGAUGGACCACACGAUGAUUUAUCCAGCUGAGAAGUUACCAUUUCCUUGGUGAUUUGAGGGGAUUGAACAACUCUUCAAACGGACAAAGACAUAUUUGUGAAGAAUUGCAGCCCUAGCUGAAUCAGAUUUAACAAGUUUACAGUAAUCUCCAGACAGUAAUUCUUUAGCUGUCUUCACAAAAUCAGAAACUGAAUCAAACGGUUUGGAAAAGGGGGAAGAAAACUUUCAUAGAGGUUGACCAUGAAUGAUUUUAAUAACGAAAGAUCAAAACCAUGGAACAUCUACACAACUUCAGAACCAGGCCCAACACAAGCAGGGAUUGACAAGGAAGCGCCUUGGAGAAGCUUUGGGACAUCUAUGAAUGCCAUUUCUUUUGGUUUUGUUGCCACAGCCAUUUUGAUCUCAAUGUUCCUUAUAAUGGCCAUAUUUGAACACUUGUUCAAACCAACAUCAGAGUAUUCUUCACCAGAAUCUUUGCUGGAUUCCCUGGAAUCAGGAACAGCCAGAAAACAUGGAAAUAGACAAACUGUUUCAGGAUCUUAUGCAUCAGAUUUGUCAGUAAUGAUGCCAGGGCAGCAAUAUCCAACCUUCAUAGCCAAACCGGCUCCUCUGCCUUGCUCCAGGGAAGGAAUUCAUUGGCCUUCCCAUGAACAAUGCUUUGUAUUUGAUUAGCUUUUGUUUGGUGGUUUAAUUCUAUUCUACCAUAAGCUGUGAUCUUUGUAUACUCAACCAGAGGUUAUCAAGUAUUUAUGUUAUAUAUAUUUCAAUGCA